UGCACGUUGUUUGAAACAUAUUGGAAAAAUAAUCUUUUUUUUAUCCAUUAGUAUUAGAAUUUUCAUUUGCCAUCAUUAAAAGUGACUUAUCAAAAUUAUUUUGAUAAUUUCAAAAAAUUAUAAAUUAUUAACAAAUUAAUAUCUAUUUUUAAUACAUCUAAGAUUAUCAGUUAUAUUGACACAUUCUAUAUUAUUAGUGCUACCAUCAUUUUAAGUUACUAAAUUGUACAAUUAUUACGAUGGACAAGAACGAUAAAUUGCAGAUACUGAAAAAUGCUAUAAAGAGUUAUCCCGACUUUCCCGAACCUGGGAUCAUUUUCCGAGAUAUAUUUAGCGCGUUUAAUAAUAUCGUAGCAUUACGAGCAAUGAAAGAUUUAAUUAUGGAGCAUAUUUUAUUCCUCGAAGUCGAUUUAGUUGUAGGAUUGGAUUCACGUGGCUUCCUUUUCGGUCCUAUAAUUUGCAUGGAAUUGGGCAAGCCUUUUUUGCCUGUUAGAAAAAAGGGUAAACUUCCAGGCAAAGUCACCCAACAGAAAUAUACAUUAGAAUAUGGAGAAGCCACGUUUGAAUUACAAACAGAAUUUAUUAAUGAAGGAACUAGAGUGUUAAUUGUUGACGAUUUAUUGGCAACUGGAGGUUCUAUGGCUGCAGCAGUACAAUUAGUAAAAUCAGCAGGUGCUGAUGUAAUUGAGUGUGUUGUAAUAAUGGAAUUAACUUUGUUGAAAGGUCGAGAUAAGGUUGGUGUUCCUGUUCAUUCUUUCAUUCAAUAUGAUCAUUAGCAAAUUUUGUAUGUAUAUAUAUAUAUAUAUAUAUAUUUGCAAGUACAAAUUCGAACAAUAAUCAAUGUAAAAUUAUAUGCUUUUAACAAGAUGCAUAUGUAUUCUUAGAUUAUAUAUUCUUGUCACAUUAAAAUAUUUUUCUAUACAUAACAUGUACAUACCUGUAUAGGUAUAUGUAUAUACAGGGUGUACCCGACCUACGGGAUCACUUCUCGUGAGCAGAUAGAAUGGACUGAACUGAGUCAAAAAGUCUUCUACUAUUUUGCAAUUUUCACAUCAGUUAAGGGGAUCCUAAAGUUUGUAUUACCGACU